CCCGGCAGGAACCUGAAACCCGCGCGCCUCGCGGGGGGGGGCACGCGAGGCUCUUUGCUUCCAACAGCCCUGAGCAUUCACGAGGGAGAAAAGGUCACAGAGAAGCCAAGUGACCCCUCCGAGGUCACACAGCCGGGGAAGGCGUUUCGCUCCCGUCCGCAGUGGCUCUGGACGCCGCCUCCUCCCGGCAGCCCUCCGGAAUCCAACAACUGUGAGCCUGGUGGGGGUGUAGGUGCAGCCCCCGCCAGAGCUGAGCACUCGGAGCCUCGGAGCUUCCUCGGUCCCUUUAAACUGGUGAUUCGAGCAGUCUGGGGUUCCCAUGACAACGACGGCGGAUGGGGGACCCGGGCGGGGUCCGGUCGGAGCGCAUGCGCGGUGCGCGCCCGACGCAGCACGUCUUCCCGAGUCGCCGGCGCUGCUGUCGCGGGGUCCCUGAACCGCGGGCGGCCCCGGCUCCCUGCGCUCGGCCAUGGCCCCCCCCGCUCCGGUGCAGGCUCCCGAGGUCGCUGCCGCCGUGGCUGCUGCUGCUGAGCGUGGCGCUGCUGGGUUUCCAGGCCCGCGCCGAGCCCGCCGCCGGGAGCGCCGUCCCCGCGCAAAGCCGUCCGUGCGUGGACUGCCACGCGUUCGAGUUCAUGCAGCGCGCCCUGCAGGACCUUCGGAAGACGGCCUACAGCCUGGACUCGCGGACGGAGACCCUCCUGCUGCAGGCCGAGCGCCGGGCCCUGUGUGCCUGCUGGCCUGCCGGGCGCUGAGGAUCCUCAGACACCGCUGUUCCUCAUCAAUAAACACCCGGCCCAGCA